CCAUCCCCGUGUUUACAUCAUAUCGCCAGCUGCUUCGCAGUAGUAAUUCUUUGUUCGUUACUUCCAUGUUUUCUUUGGAAAUUUGUCUUUUUUAUUCGUCCAUAAGUUGAGAAAUUAGUGUUAAAGCAAUGUUGAGAUUGUACCACAAAAGGAGGAUAUAUUUAGGUAAUUUAGAGAACACUUAACCGUAGAAACCAUUGGGAAUUCCCUGGCAGUGAUGCUGCAAAUUACCGCCAAGCUGGCUUCGAUGAUCCAGUCGACGUCGUACGCAACAUUGUGAAACAACCACCAAUCACUGUGCUCUUAGCUGACAUCGAAAUUUAUCGCCAAAAAUCAUCGGCUCUCUCAACAAUGUCAGUGUUUCACCUCACGAGUCGCUUGGUGCAAGCUCAGCAUGCUAGUUCCCCUACUCAACACCAGGAGGAAGAAGGCAUAAAGGCCGGGCGCUCAGCAGAAAUAGAGCUCAUCAACGCCCUGAAGCAGCAAGGCAUUCCUUCCUCCCAUAUCUUUCGUGGUCUUCGAGUACCAGAUGGUUUCCAGACUAGGAAAUAUGAAAUUGAUCUUGUGGUCCUUACUGAUUAUGGUCUGUUCACCGUGGAAGUGAAGAACUGGUCUGGCAAAGUGUCUCUGGGCUCGGAUGGUAAAUCCUGGAUUCAUCACAAGUGCACCUACUCAGACAAGAACUCCAGCGUGUCCUAUGAUGAGAAAAGUGAGGACCUCAUCACCACCCUGAAACUGAAGACGCAGCUUCUGCGGAACCACCUGCUGCGGAAGGACGUCUGCCUGGCUGAGAAGUACUUCCAUCCCCGUGUCGUGUUCAUGAACAAAAAGCUGGAGAUACAAGAUGAGCUGGUGUCCAAGCUGGAGGUGGUGUCGUCACUGCGCUACCAGGUUUUUCUGCAGUCCUUUCAGAAAGGCUUUGGAUGGAGUGUGGCCAGUGCAAUCAUUCCUUCAUUUAUAACAGGCCAAUUGUCAUAUGGUGCAAUGGAGAUGGCAAGACAAGGUUUGAAUACCAUUGGGACAUGGGACGUCAUCAGUCUGAAUGGAGAUAGACAACUCUAUGGUGACUUCAAGGGGAAUGCCCACUUUUCUCCAAAUCGCGAGGAGACAGCAAUGUUGGAAUUCAGCCAUCAGCGGAAUGCAGCAAUCUCAUCACUGUGGGCAGUGCUUGGGUAUUCACCACAGGUGGUGAUUACAAUGCACAAACGUAGUGGGGGAAGCUGGCUGUGGGGCACCAGUUGUGGCUCAGUUACCAUCCCUUACAAUGCCGAGAUUAUGUUCCGAGUAGCAGGGGACCAGGAGGACUCCAAGAUACCCGCCAAUGACAUCCAGUCCAUCAGCCUCAGCAUCUAAAGAAAUUUUGAGUUCACACAAUCCAGUAAAUACAUAUAUGUCUGGGGGUGUUGAUCUAAUAUAAUUGUUUUCUUUGAUUCAUGUUCUUUAAACUAGACAUGUGUAUGAGCAUUGUUUUGACAUCACUGGAACAGCAUUGAGUGUAAUGGUAAUGCAAGGGGAGUUAUAUUCGAAGUUUGGUAAAUUUGCUCCUAUUUUCUGCAAACCAGAAUGAUUUAUGAAGCUUUAAAAGGAUGACAGGCAAAGAUUCAGAGUUCUCUGCUAAAUGGUAUUGAUAAAAUUGACUGUAAAAGCAGUUUUUUUUUGUUGUAGUAUUCGUUUCAUAUUGGUUACAAUCGGAAAUGAGUUGGGACUUGGUGGGCAGUGUGAGAGAUGAGUUAGGACUGAUGGUCCAGUGAUCAGAAAAGAUAAAAGUUUACACAAAAAAUGUCUGUUGAGUGAAUAUUCACAGCUGGUGAAUGAGAGAAGAAACACGUUUUUUCUAUUGAAAAAGAGCUUGCUGAACUGUUGUUGUCCUUCCAAAAUGCUACAUUCAUUUUGUGCUACAUGCAAAGGUUAAUGAACAGUUUGACAGUAUGAAUCAAAAGGGAGCCCACCUCAAUGAAAAUUUGAAAUUUUUUUAUCUGUUGCACAUCACGUAUCAAUUUGUAUGAGCACUGCCUUACUUUGAAGGUCUCAAUUUGUCUUUAGCUUUGGAAUUAGUAGUUGGUAUGACAUUACAUGUAUUUUUUAGCGUCCAACACCCGAAAACGUGGACAUUUGAACUGUAAAGAAUUACACAAAUUACAGUUAUCACCAUCAUCAUCUUCGAUACACUGACAAUCAAUAUUUGUGGCACGGGAUCAAGUCUUGACACUGAUCACUGGAAGUUGCAUUUUUCAAACUGCACUAUAUGUCAAAUGAGAAAGAAAAAAAGAAUGAAAUGGGUUCAUUUUUCUCGCUUUGAAAAGUGUCAGAAUUUAUUUAUACUGAAUUUAUUUCUGGAUAAGAACACUGGCUAUUCGGAAUAUUCUUUUUCAGAUUCAUUUCAUGUUUUUGUUCAGUUGAUUUGCUUUCUUUUCUGGGUCAUUGAUAAAAUUUAAAAUUGACAGCCCUAAGGCCAAAUUCUCUCACCUUACUGUUAGAUUCAACCUCAUGAACUAAAAGGAUGUAAGUUAGUGAAUCGACCUAUAUGCUGUCAGAAGUAGAAAAGGAAACUUUCUGUGUCACAUUGAAAUAGAAAGGCAAAGUGCCUGCGUUUGUAGAGUUUUAGAGCAAUUGUAUUUUGUAUUAAAUAGUUGCACAGAUUAUUUGAGAUGGAGGCUUUGCCCUUAAUUGGACCAUUUGUACUUUAUGAAUUGUAUUGAGUUUAUGGAGUGUUAUUGUGGUGGGUUGCAUGUACGUGUGCUGGGUAUUUGAAAAUUUGCAGGUGUGUUUUAAGGUGUUUGAAAUACUAUUUUUCCAGCAAAUUUGUAUAAAUUAGAAUGCGUGGACAGUUCAGAAGUUUUUAUCAAUGACAAUGUGCCAUGUGUUUUCACAUUUUAGAGUUUAGAAUAACGUAUUCAUUCAUUGAUGUGUGGUGAUUGUAAAUAGAAACUAAGUCACACUUCAAUCUUGACUUUUUUCAGUUAGAAGAGCAAUUAGUUGAUCUGUACAGUGAAAGAAUUUGCUUAUCAUGGAGAAAAAGUAACAGGUUUUCAGUAGGUGCUUUGCUGAAAGGAAAAUGUGACUUGUUCAUAAUUGACUGAUAAAGUGCAGUUUUGAGUCUGAAUUAUUUGAUUCACUGUAAAACAUUUUAAAAAGAUACAUUUGUAAUACUAGUAUAAUUUGAUAGAUAGGAUGGAAUGGAACCAACAGAAGAACUGCACAUAUUUUCUUCGGAAUGCCCAUGUACCUCAAAUGCAAUAGUAUGACUACAUGAAAUGUAGUUUAUAUGCAUUCUAUUUUUCUCUGGAAAAUGGUAACUGGCAGAAGGGGACAUUUCACACUCACUUUGUACUUGUUUUAAAUCAAUAGUAACCCCUCCCUUAACAACAUCCAUUUGCUCGGGUAGAAUGCUCAAGAGGAAGGGAUUUGGCUAGUUAUGUUUAUCACCUGAAGAAAAACCCAUUGAGUUACUUUUGAGAAAAAUUUUCAUACAGUGGGGUUAGAAGUGUGGAUUUGUUUUGCAGGACAGAAAAAUGGAAUCACUGAACUUACUUUUAGGGGACUUUAUGGCAUUUUCAAACUAGACGUUGAUUGCCUUAUAUUAUAUUAAUGACGGUACAGAGAAGACAGAUUUUGAGGGCAUUGCAUUGAGUGAAAUGAACAUUUUUGCAGGGUAUUUGGGGCCUUGCUACACUGAUGAAGCAUUACUGUGCUAAAGUGUAUUCUUUUGUCUCUUUUGCUUGGUUUACAUCCCAAAUUGUCGAUCUUAAGUGCAUUUAAAUUCAGGGGAUUUUUUAUUCGGUUUUCUUGCCAUAUUUAUUCUUUAAUGGUGCAUGCUUAUACCUUUCUGCAAGCGUAAACUAGAAUUGUGAAUGAAACUUAAUAAAAAAAUUCCCCUGAAGACAGGAUCCUCACCAAGUAAAAAAAAAGUACAGUCAUAAGACGUCAUGAACAAGACCCAUAACGUGUUGGCUCUAUGCAUGAACUCGAGGUUUUUCAGUGUCACUGGUUAGUGUUUUGUUCAGAUUUAUUUAUUUGGAAUAAAUAAUGGUGAUAUUAUA